CCCCCCCCUUCCCGAGCUCCGGAGGGCGGCAGCGGGAUCGGCGGCUCCGGGAUGGCGGCGGGGAGCGGCCCCGGGGUCGCGGCGCUGUCGUGGAGCCCCGGGGCCGCGCGGACCCCCCCGAGAGGAGCGGAGCUGCCGCUGAAGUUGGGGGCGAUGGCGGCUUUGCUGCUGCUGCCGUUGUGCUGCGGCCUCGGAGCGCUUUGCUGCGUGCGCGGCCCCGCGGGCUCCGGUCCCCCCAGCGCCGCUCUCAGCCUCCUGGGCUGCCUGGGGGGGGGGGUGCUGCUGGGCACGGCUCUGCUCGACCUCCUGCCCACCUACCUGGGCAGCAUCGGGGGGGCACUGAGGGAGCUGCGCAUCCCGGUGAGGGGACAAAGGGGGGGGGAUGGGGGGGGG